GACGACGAUUUUGGCUCGAAUUUGGCGGCGAAAUAGCGGAUUUUCCUUGUUGAGCAAAAACUGUGAGAAAAAGACGUGAAAAGACGGAAAAUAUCGUGAAAAAUCCCUGAAAAAUGGAUCCCAGCAAGAAACGCCGCUUAGCUUUAACGGAAGACGACACAAUGUCCAUGGAAUUGGCAUCCUAUGCCUGGGAUGAUUGGGAAUUUGAGGAAAACAAGGAGAAUAUCUCCAUCAAUACGGGCGCUAGAAUCCCGGAACAGCGACAGCAGCCAAGUGCCCCCCUCAGGACGUUUGAUCUCACCCGAUGGCGACGCUGCGAAGUGAAGACAAUGGAGAGAACAGAGGAAGAACUUCGUCUUGGUCUCAUGGAGGACGAUGUUCCCGCGGAGAGAGCUCAAACGGGCAUGCUGAUCCUCUUUGAUUCAUGGAUCUACACAGAUGUACAUCCUUUUGAAAUUGUCUCCGUGAAGGCAAUUUGGAGUGAAGAACGUCAGUGCCAUAUAAUUACAAUGAAUGAUGGGCUCAUUGUGGUUAAUCCGAAUGUCCUGAUAUCAGGUACAACUCUCCUGGGAUCCCUAUUUUGCUCCCGGAGGGGCAUACUGGACACUUACUUCAAGAAAACCACAGCAGAAGCAGAAAUUAUGGCUGUGGGAACUAUGGUUCAUGAACUCCUACAAAUAUGCCUUAAAAAUAAGCUAGAUACCCGAGAACAAAUCAUGGAAGCAUGUCGAAAUAUGCUUCAGAAUCAACGUACAAUCUUCACAAUGUACUCAGCUUGCCUCAAAAAGGGCUACGCUGAGAAGGAAAUGUACGAUUUUGUACCAAAGAUCCAUCAAUUCAUGCAACGCUACAUCCACAAUCGUCCCACUAAUAUGUUCAGUGCAAGAGAUAACUUUGAUGGGAUAAUCACUGAAGUACAAGACAUUGAGGAGAACAUCUGGAUGCCACAGAUGGGGCUCAAGGGAAAAGUUGAUGUAAGUGUGCGUGUGCGAAAUAGAGAAAAUCGCCAAGUCAAAACAAUGCCACUUGAGCUGAAAACGGGUCGAGCUAACUUUUCAUUGGAGCAUCGUGGCCAAUUGACAAUCUAUCAAAUGAUGAUGUCAGAAGUCAACCCCAGCACAGAUUCCGGGCUCUUGCUCUACCUCCGUGAAGGGAUAAUGCGAGAAGUAAAACCCUCAUGGAAUGAAAUACGUGAUCUUGUAAUGAUGCGCAAUAAGUAUGUUGGCUAUCUUGCGUGCGAAAAGAUUUACCUCGAUGAGGGUGAAGCGGAAUUUAAACUUCCAAGACCCAUAGAUCAUCCCUCGGCGUGUGCAAAAUGUCACAUGAAUACAAUUUGUUGCACAUUCCUACUCAGAUCAGAACAAAGGGAUAUUCUAUCACCCGGUAUGGCUCUAAAUACAACUCUAGAGCGUGUUACGGCACAUUUGAGUGAUCAACAUGUGGAGUAUUUCAUUGAUUGGGUUCACAUCAUUCUCUAUGAGUAUUUUCAUGAAAAUGAAACCUUCACACAGGAGAGGAUUUGGAUCAAGACACCGGAAGUAAGGGAAAAUGAGGGCUUCACAUUGGCUUACCUGGUCAUCCAGACACAGCCUGUCCUCCAGGGCAGUCGCUACGUGACGGAAUUCCAAGUGGACAAGACAAAGACAGGCGGAAUGCGGCGGGAUUGCCUUACGGCGGGCUUUUCCGCUGGGGAUUACCUAAUUGUGAGCACAACUAGGAGGAUUGCCGUGGCCACGGGAACGGUGCUCUCAAUUGAAUCUCAGAGCAUUACUCUGUCGCUUGAGAGAGAUUUGCAGCAGCACUACAGCAACGAAGUAUUUCACAUUGAUCGCUAUGAGAGUAAUAUGAAGAUGACUUUUGACCUGACCAAUUUGGGAGCAUUGCUGGAGAAUACGGAGAAGAUUAAUUCGUUGAGAAGUUUGAUUGUGGAUAGAAUCACACCGAGUUUUGACACACCCACUGAGGGGGGUGAGAGAAUCCUUCACGAAUCUUUUAGGAGUUUGAACUUUGAUCAGAUGAAUGCAGUCCUGAAGUUUGAGCAUCUCAAGGAGUACAUGCUUCUCGAGGGACUUCCUGGGACGGGAAAGACUCAAACAAUCGUUGCCAUUGUCCGCUAUUAUCACUGCAAGGGGAAAUCUGUGCUCAUUACUAGUCACACCAAUGCUGCCGUUGAUAACUUCCUGGUACGUCUCAUCCCGUAUGGGGUGAAGUUUAUGCGUCUGGGAUCAACAUCACGCAUCUCCCCGGAGCUUAGGGACUACACGGAGGCUUCUUUGACGCAAAAUUGCACCACGUUGGAUGAUUUGAAUGAAAUCUACGAGCAAUGCAGUGUUGUUGGGGUAACGUGCAUGGGAAGCAAUCAUCCCCUUCUCGUGCAGAAGGAAUUUGAUCUGUGCAUUGUGGACGAAGCAACGCAGGUCUUUCAGCCAACUGUCCUCCGGCCAUUGCUGGCUGCGAAGAAAUUCCUCCUUGUUGGGGAUCCCAAUCAAUUGCCGCCACUCAUGAAAUCCGAUCAUGCUGUUGAUCUGGGUGGUGGGGAGAGUCUCUUCAAGCGCCUCCAGGGUCCACUCAAUACAGCCACACUGAGCAUCCAGUACCGCAUGAAUGCAACAAUCACAGAUGUGGCCAAUAAUUUGGCCUACGAAGGACGCCUAAAGUGUGCCACCAGCACUGUGGCACGCAGUGUGAUUCAGUAUGCGCAGGAUGUGAAUUUCAGUGAGGAGAAUUGCCCCAAUAAGUGGCUCUAUGGGAUCCUCCGAACGGAUCUUUCGGGUGCCUUUGUCCUCCUGGACACAGGGAACACGGCGAAGCUUAAUGCAGAGUACAGCAAGCAGAUAAGCAUUGAUCCUGGGAGUAAGAUUGAGAAAAACUUCAUGAUUGACGUAUUUCCGGAAGAACAUCAGAGCGGCGCCCACGUGAGUUCCAACAUCUGCGAAGCCGCCGUAUGCUUGUACAUUGUCCGGGCAAUGACUGAGCUGGGAAUUCAGGGGCGUGACAUAGGGAUCAUUGCCCCUUUUAGGGCUCAAGUAACACUCCUGCAGCAACUAAUGGGGAAGUUUUGUGAAAUGUUCGGGAUGCCGGAGGGUGUGGAGGUGAAUACGGUGGAUCAGUACCAAGGGCGUGAGAAGAGUGUCAUCAUCUACUCGUGCGUGACAAAUUGCAACAACACCAAUCACGUCUGCGCAGUGGAUGAGAGGAUUAUGGGAAGCAAUGAGCGCUUUGCUGUUGCUCUGACGCGGGCAAAGCACAAAUGUAUCGUUAUUGGGAAUGUUGCAUCACUCGCACCCAUUGCGCCGUUCAAGAGUCUCAAGCAGGGAAUGCUUCCGGAGGGAUUUUUCCGCCUAACAGACCCCGAUUGUGAUUUUGAUUGGGCAAUGGUGCAGCAGCAUUUGCUGGAAAUUCAUCGAAAAGACUUUCAACUCCUCCUGAAUCCCCUCUUUGACGCCAUACCUGAUAUCCCACCGGACUUUCAGUUUGAGUAGAAUGUUUUUUUUUAAGUCUGUUUCUGUGUUCUUUAUUAAAUGGCCUUAACUUUGCUCAAA